AUUUUUAGUACUGGCAGUGAAUUUCGGAACGCAGUCAAUAUCAGACCAAUGCAUCAAACAUCGAUAUUACAAAAUAUCGACAUACAAAAUAUCGAUUAUGUUAUCAAUGUUUGUAGAUUCGAUCAAUCUCUAGGUCGGUAGUUUGUUUCUUUUUACGUAAACAGUAUCUGAUACCAGUUUCAAACCCCACUCGUUAAAAAAAACUGGGACUAAAACAUUUUUUUUUUACAAGAACAAAAUCGUCUUCAUCAGUGCAAUCAGUAUAUGAGUGUAACAGUAACGAUUUACUGGAAAUACAUAUAAAUUUUUUCAAUCAUUUUGUAGAUAUUGUUUAAACUAAUUACUUAUCAUCAUGAGCCUACGAUCCACACUUGUACGGAAGUAUUAUAAUGAUCUGGAAUAUCAUAUAAAGAAUAAUGUAUACUUUCUAUGUGUAUCUUUAGUCACUGAAGAAUCAAAUCAAUUUAAUUAAGACCGAACGAAUAAUAAAUUCAAAUUUAGAAACCAUAAACCAGAGGGUGAUAGCGGCAGUAAAUUCAAUAAAAAGCAAUCAGCAAUCUUUCAAUAGUGUUCUUGACCAUAUAGAUUCAACUAUUACCAUUAAGUACUUCUUGAAAUACAUAUUUUCAGAAAUUAUUAAUGCACAAAUGCUUAAUAAUAAACAUUCUCCUGAAUUUGACAAAGCAAUUGAAAACAUUUGGAAUGCAAUAUACACACUCUUCGCUCUCUUUACAAAUAGUGACAUACAAUUAUUUUUUCACGCUGCAAUCAUCGAAUCUUCAUUUCUGGAAAAUAGUUACAAUUAUAAAAAGAUCCAUAAGGAUAAUUACAAAGAGUUAUAUUCAUGUCAAGUGCUUGAAAUGAUAAUUUUCAAAGACUCAGAUGUGUAUGCAGUUGUUAAUCAAUUAAAGCUAACAGGGGUCCGUUUAAAUAAAAUUUGGAUUCAAGAAUCGGUUCAAGCAAAAUUUAUAACGAUUUUAAGAAAAUCUUUUCAGCGUACUUUUAGACAUCUUAUUCACGUAUUUCGAACGAAGGAGGAGUUACUUAUACCUUAUGAAAUGCGUAAAAUGAAUAUAGUGUCUAUAUGGUCAGAAGAUAUUGUAACCGCCAAAAAUUUAGCAGCCUCCUUAAAUAGUGAUAUUGUAUUCAUAAAUACGCAUAUGGAUUUCUUUGAUAGUGUGGUGCUUUUGCCAUAUACCAGAAUUUUUGAUGGUCCAUUAUAUGAAGCUAUUUUGCACAAUAAAAGCAUUUAUGAAAAUAUAAAUGAUACAGACAUAUCAUCAGAAGAACAUAAAGGUCCAAUUUACGACAUGUAUUACGAUGGCACAUGGCAAAAGCCUGUAAAAGGCAAAUAUUGGAUACGCGAUAACUGUUUGUGGGCAAAUGCAACAAUAGAAGAUAUUCACAGAUGCAUUGAUUCGGCUAAGAAAGGAUUCGAAAUUUGGAGUACUUGGUCUAUAGAUUCUAGAGUACAAACAUUAUCCAAAUUAGCAUCCAUAUUAGAAUAUAAAGGUAAAUCUAGUUUGUCACAAGUGGUAUUGUCAUGGAUAAAUCUUUCACAUUUCGAAGAUAUUUUGUCGGAAAGUUUGCAAACUGAAAAAUUGGACAUAGCAACGUUUUGUGAGCCAAGAGGCGUCAUUGUUCUUACGUGCAACGAUGAUGUUACCUUAUUUAGCGAAUUGAUUCAAAGUUUAGUUAUGGGUAAUUCUGUCAUUAUAAUGUGUAAUAGAUUUUCGUGCGCUUUAGCAUCGUAUUAUGAUAUGUUUUCGAUGUCUCGGAUACCUCCAGGUGUUAUAAAUGUAUUGUCAUGUGAAAAUGAGUAUUAUUCAUCCCCUCUUUCAAAGAUGAUACCGAUAAAACAGUUAAUGUUAUAUAUUACUAGACAGAGGAAAGUUAUACUCCACCUUAACUAAUUUUAAUAACAUACAUGGUCUGAUGUGUGAAAAUGACGAAGACACAUAUAUAUGCUUAAAUUUUUAUUGCAAUGUUGUAAUUUUAAAUAACGUUUGCUGUCAUGUAGCAAUAAAUUUUUUAAAAUAUUUCCCAUAAUAAUUGAUAUGUGUAAUUAAUUAAUUUAAUAAGACAUCUGUUUUGUAAUUGUCCCUAUCUUACAUUCUAUAUUGCAUUUAAAAUGACCGAUAACUGUGUAAUUAGGCGUUAAAUAGAAGAAGAGAAGAGAAAAGAAAGUAUGAGAUGCAGCCACAAGAAAUAGAUCUAAUAUCGCCAUCAAAUAAUAUGAUUACUGUAUUACGUGCGUUAUAUCGUUAUUACGUACAUACAUAUCCACGCAGUGCCCGAUGCAUUCUUUAUUUUAUCAUCUAUGACUUUAGUAUUAACUAUUAGCAUUGUGUAACAAAUUCACGUUUUCUUUUCCGUAAUUCAUUGUAAUUCCGAUUUAUGUGUCCGUUAUGAAACCGACACAUACAAAUAUGUAAACACCAAUUUGAAACCUCCAGCUCUCCGAAUCAGAGUACCUUUGUUAUAAGCACGAAAGUGACACUUUAUUUGUUAUUAUGUGUACUGUGAAAUGGUAACGUCUGGAAACACAUACGGGUCUUUUUCAUCAUUGUACAAGUAUUAAAUAAUUAUAAUCAUGGGUGAACGAGUAAAAGCUGUAGAGAAAUGUUAUUUUGAUCUAAAAUAUAAUAAAAGCAAGCAAAAAGCGCUAAAAGAAAUAUCCAUUUUAACCAAGAAUAUAACAAUUAGCAAUGUUAUAAAUAUCGCAGACAGACUACUUGAAACAGCAUCCAUAAUAGAAAAGAAUCUAUCUCUUUUUCAAUCUGUCUUUAAACAUAUAGAUACAGUUUCUACUAUUAUUCAAUUUUUACAACAUUUUGGUAAUACAAAACAGAUGGCUUGCAAAGCUAUCGACGAGUUUGACGUAUCAUUCUUAAAUGAUUUGUGGGAUGCAUUAUAUACACUCUUCUAUAUCUGUCCAGAUCAUGAAAUGCAAUUAUUUUUGCACACUGCAAUCUUAGAAGAUUCGAAUAUUAUAUCAGCCGAGGAUGCUUUUUAUAAAAACAUUCAUAGAGAUAAUUAUAAACAGUUAUUCUCAUGUCAGACCAUUGACAUGAUAAUUUACAAAGAUUCAGAUUUUCAUGCAGUUGUUAAUCAAUUAAAGAUAACAGGAACUCGCAUGAAUAAAAUCUGGAUUCACAAAUCAAUACAAGAGCAAUUUACAUUGCUUUUAAAUAAAUAUUUUAAGCAGUCUCUUAAUCACCAUAUUCGUGUAUUUCAAACAAAGGAGGAGUUACUCACACUUAAGGAAAUAAAUAAAAUAAGUAUAAUGUCUAUAUGGUCAGAGGAUAUUACAGGUGCAAAAAGUUUAGCAGCAUCCUUAAAGAGAGACAUUAUAUUCAUAAAUACGCACAUGGAUUUUUGUGGUGGUCUGGUGUUUUUGCCUUAUAUGAGAUUAUUUCAAGGUCCAUUGCAUCAAUUUCUUCUUUCCAAUCUAGAUUUAUAUAAAAAUGCAAGUAAAAGUGAUAGAAACACAUCCAAAAAAGUACAAAUUUUUAAUUUGUUUUACAAUGGCACGUGGCACAAGCCUGUAAAAGGCAAAUAUUGGAUACAUGAUGACUCUUUGUGGGCAAAUGCAACAAUAGAAGAUGCUUCUAAAUGCAUUCAGUCUGCUGAGCAAGGAUUGAAAAUUUAUAAUACUUGGUCUACGGAGUCUAGAGAACAAUCUUUAUUAAAAUUUGCAUCCAUAUUAGAAAAUAAAGGUGAAGAUACAUUGUCAAGUAUCAUAUUAAAUACAUUAAAAUUUGUAUAUUAUUCAGAAUUACCAUUGCAGUGUUUACAAAUUGGAAGAUUAGAAGUAAAAAUAACUUAUAUGCCAAGAGGUAUUAUUAUUCUUGAGGAUAAUUCACAAGCAUUACGCAACCUUAUUAUAAAUUUAAUUUAUGGCAAUUCUGUUAUUAUAACGCAUGAUAGAAGUUCAUUUUCACAUUCUUUUGUAAAAUAUUGUGAUGUGUUUUCACACUGUCAGAUACCUCCUGGUGUUAUAAACAUAUUGUCAGGUGAAAAUAUAGAGCAUCCAAAUAAUGUAUUGAACAAAGUAUCGAUAAGUGUAAAAGAGUUAAUUGCAUAUUUUAUUAGAGAAAAGAAAAUUGUAUUACCCCUUGAAUAAUUUUAAUAUACAGCAUAUUUUAGUGUGCAAAAUCAUGAAUACAUAUAUGUUUAUAUUUUUAUUAUAACAUUACAAUUAAAAAAUAUAUA